GCGUCGCGACGCAGGGAAGCACAGCUUCCACCGCCGCCUCUUCAUUUUCACAGAUCGAUCCGACCGACUACUGACAGGAAACGUGACCAAUAGUCUGCCUGUGAAAGUUAUCCUACUGAUGACGGUGUGCGUAAGUCAGGGGUUCGCAUAGUCCGAGGAAAGUGUCGGUCCUAGAAACAGUGGUGCGUUUCGAUUCUCGAGGGUGCAUCGGCACGGUUUCUGGAACUCCGUGAAGAUUAAGCAUCGUAUUCGAGGAUCAGACACGCUGAAGGGUCACGGUGACUCAUUGCUGAAGGGGUUGUAUCAUGAAAUUCAUAGGUCGUUUCCGUCGGGACCGACGUUCAGGAUUUUUGUGAUCCUGUGAUGAAUAGUAGGACUCGCGACGAGCGUAUCGAAGCCACGAGGACGUCAUUUUGUAAAGCGGUUCAGCACACUUCAAGGGGUCCGCUAGAUCCUCGAUAUAUAUUAUGACGUACGAUACUAAAGGACAAAUCGAAAUGCACGCAAACGAUCUUGUCGAGCCCUGUGCGUGACCCAUUGACAAUCCCCGCCGUACGAAGAGCGUUGAAAAUUUAACAGGACAUUCGGAUACGCAAGGGUAACAGUGAUAUCGAUCCCUGAUAUGUGGACGAGCUGCUUUCGUACAGAUCGUAUCAUCAAAGAUAACGAUUGAUAUACACAGUUUACCUACACAGGACGCGUGCACUGAUGUGCAACGACAGUUAUUAGGCCCAACGUAUUCACUAAAGUUACUUAUUUCAACUUUUAUACGGAAACAAAGUUGCAAAAAUUCGGUGCGAUUCAGAUUAUAUUCAUAAAAUUAGUAUGUCCAGAAGGAAAUUCGGCGGCGACCGACAAUUCGACAACGUGGAUUAUACACAGCUCACAGAAACUGACAAUGGUUUUGUUGAUUCUCAGUUUGUAAAUCCACCUGUAAAAAUACCAUGGAAAGCUAUUACCCUGGCAGCACUGUUAUUCGUUGGGGGUACCAUCAUGCUCAUCAUGGGUAGCCUAAUCGUGAGUGGUCACAUUGACUCGAAGUAUUCUGACCGCAUGUGGCCAAUUAUUAUUCUUGGAAUUUUAAUGUUCAUACCGGGAGCUUAUCAUAUGAGGGUAGCAAUUUUAGCGUAUCAAAAAGUGCCAGGGUAUUCCUUUGAUGAUAUACCGGAGUUUGAUUAAUCAUAUGUGACUUUUUUUACUAAAAAUAAUUAGAAAUUUUAACAUUUUGCAAAUGCUAAACUUGCACCACAUUGUGUGAAGAAAAGUAAGUAUUACUGGUAUUGUUUAGACUUUUAUCCUUCUUUGAUUACACAAGAAUUGUCACAAAUUCACUGUGUGCAACAGUCUAUGAAAGACUUGCAAUGGUUACAUAUAUUAUUUCUGUACAUAAUAUUUAAUAUUAAGUUAUAUUGUUUUCAAUCUGUACUUAGACAUAUUAUUAAAAAGUUUAUUUUGUGAAAAUGAAUUGGUGAUUAAAAGCAUAUUUUUUGCCAUAGUAUUUUUUUUACAGUAUCACUCAAACUGUAUAGAUUUCUAAUCUGUGGGUUGGCUUAAAAUAAAAAUGUUUUUUUUAUGUAAAGCAUCAGAAAUAUAUGUGAUUAAUAAACUAUUUUCAGUAGA